AUGAUAUUAGGUGGUGAAACAUAUUAUCAUGUUCAGGCAGAUGAUAUUCCCCUGGUCGAAAAUGAAUAUCCGGAAGAAAUUUUACGUUAUGUAUCUACAAAUAUGUCCAAUUUAGAAAGGGUUGAAACUUUAGCCAUUUUAUUGAAAGAAUCCAAGCGUUAUAACUUGGAUUUGGCUCCAAAAUUAGUACCUUGUCGCGGAGAGCUUAUUGAACUUUUAAUUAGCUCUGGAGUUGGAAGAUAUUUAGAAUUUAAAGCAAUGGAUAAGACUUACGUUUAUUCUGUAGAUGCGUUUUAUAAGGUUCCAUGUUCUAAAGAAGAUGUUUUUACCAAUCAAUCUAUAUCUUUGAUUGAUUAUACCAAUUUGCCAGAUACGUAUAAAGAUUAUGAAGAAAAUUCUUUUGUUACUUUCCUUACUGAGAAAUUUAAAGUUGAAGGAAAGCUACUGUUGGCCGUCUUAUACGCAAUUGCCUUGAUCCGGACAGAUACAAUGAUGGUUAAUAUUUCUGAUUUGUCAUAUAUCGCUUUGGACUUUUUU